AUCUGUGAAGCCAAACUGGCUCCGAAACGGCUUGCCAGAUGUAAUAAAAAUGCUAAUAACCUUGUGCUACAUCUACCUCUGGGUGCGCUUUCAAAAGUGCUACACACUGGUUAUACGCAGCACAUUGCAUAGACUGUGCGGCACCAGGAGUAGCUUCACUUUCUGUGCUCUUAACCCGGAGGGGACGCCUCAGAAAGGGCACCAAACUCGGGAGCAAACUUUUAACAACCAGCGUGGCCCUGCCUUGCUUGAAGAGAGAGUUUUUCUCAAGUUGGGCAACAAAGCAAUCUACAUAACUGAGCCUCAGGCUUGUGAUGACCUCAGCAAGUGGACUCUGUUGUUGGGGUCUUCUCUGGCUUAUGGUCGAAGAAUAGAAAACGUUGCUUUUAUCAUAGAAGCUACGUCAAGACAAAGAGUGGGACAAACCCCUCUCACUUCGAAUAAGAAAGUGUUGAGGUGGUCAGACUACUGUUUACCUCUGGCCUAUAGCCCUGGACAGCCAUACAGAGCUGUGGCUGAGGCCAGUGUUGAUAACUUCAGCCAGCUUGGCGUGGCUUUCAUGGAAGAUCGUCUGCAGAUGGAAAAUGGCCUCGUCCCUGAAAAAAUUGUUUCUGUCUCUCUAAAGGAAUCCGCAUUGAAAGAGCUUCUUGAAAAACAAAAGUCGGACAGCGGGAAACAGCUUGAGUCCAUACCCCUGAGCGCUCCGACGGAGAUCGUUCUCUCGGAGCCUUCGCCUUGCGAGCAGGUAAAGGGAGACGUGCCCCGGUCACGCCGGAAAAGCAGCGUGCUCCUGUCGGCUCCUCUCGAGCCCGAGAGCGGCACCGGGGAGCGCAGGAACUCCCGCGAUCAGGACGAGGAGAUCGAUCCAGUGGCAAACCACCAUCACAUGGAGGGACACCACCUGCAUUUAUCCAGCUGCCACGAGUGCCUGGAGCUGGAGAACAGCACCAUCCUUUCGGUGAAGUACGCCUCGGUGGAGAACAUUCCCGACCUCCCCGAUGACUAUGCCUAUGUGGACAGUGAGGAGGGCGAGGAAGAAGACGAAACUUUCUCGGGCCAGAGCAAAAGGGUCAACAUCAACGGCAAACCUCCCAACAUACUGGUGUACACCGGGGGGUGUGAGGAGAAGUUUGAGCAGGUGCGCUCGGUGCUAGCGGAGUGCAUCGACACGGACAGCUACACCAUCUACUCUUUGCGUCCCCAGCAGGUUCUCAGCGAACCCUGGUUGGAGAGCGCCAUGCUGUUGGUGCUGGCGACGGAAGAGGCUCUCACUCCGCAGCUCCAGCUACGCUUCCUGACUUACCUGGGCCAGGGAGGUAAAGUCCUGGGGCUGUCUUCCACCCUCUGUCCCGCGGGAUUGAGACUGGAAGCCAGGGAUUCCCAAAAGAACCAGAUCUGCAGACUGAGCUUCACCAAGUCAGACUCCACAGAGCUGGAGCUCAGUGUGCUGACCAGCGGGAGCGCGUUUGUGAGGGACAGUGGCUCCGGAGAGGUGGAGCUAUGGGGGGAGCUGUGUGGAGAUAAUAAAGACAUGGUCAUUGUUAGAGUGACGCAUGGAGAAGACAGUGGGGAGGCCAUCCUGUGUCAGGUGCGUCUGGAAACAGCGCCCGACUCCCAACAUGUGCGGAGGCCAGGGGAUUUUGACGAGCUGAAGAUGAGCAACGCUCGGCGCUAUGAAGUUCUGACCGAGAUACUCACCUCUCUGGGACUGAGCUGUGAGCUGAGCCAGGUGCCUCCACCCAGCCCCAUCUACGUCCUCUCCACCUCUCAGGAGCAGAGAGGACGCUUCUUGAAGUGGCUGGAAACGCAGGUGGACGGUGAGGGUACGCUGAAGUCGGGCAAAGCCCAUCUGAAAGUGCUCCCAUCUGGUGAGCACCAGACAGACCUGCCCCAGGGAGCUCUGGCCCUUCUCACCUCCUCUCCUCCACAGCACCUCUUGGAGCAGUUCAGCCUGCAGGCGUACAACCUCCACCUGCAGAGCCGAAGCCUGGGCCGCACGGUGCUCUACACUGAGGUCAUCCCCACCACAAUGGACCUGCUCGAAGGGCUCAUGAUCCAGUUGCCAGAGGAAAUGGGCUUAAUAGCGAUAGCCGCGCGUCAAACCAAGGGCAAAGGUCGGGGCGGGAACGCCUGGCUGAGCCCACCUGGGUGUGCUAUGUUUAGUCUUCACGUACAGGUGCCCAUCAGCUCUCGCCUGGGCCAGAGUAUCCCCUUCCUGCAACAUCUCGCCGCUCUCGCCGUGGUAGAAUCUGUGUGCACACUGCCAGGAUAUGAGGACAUUGACCUGAGAGUGAAAUGGCCCAAUGACAUCUACUAUGGCGACAAGAUGAAACUAGGCGGGGUCCUCGUCAACUCAACUGUCAUGGGCUCGACCUUCUAUCUCGUUAUCGGCUGCGGAUUUAACGUAAGCAACAGUAACCCCACUAUCUGCAUCAACGAUCUGGUGAUGCAGCAGAACAGGGAACAGGGCAGCAGUCUGGAGCUGCUGAGCCUGGCUCAGCUCAUCGCACGCGCUGUCACCCUGCUGGAACAAUACAUCUCAGACUUCCAGCAAAAAGGCCCUCAAGCUGUCCUCCCCAUCUAUUACAAGAGAUGGGUCCACGGUGGUACCCGUGUGAGGCUGUGGAGUGAAGACGGACCUGAGGCAGACGUGUUGGGACUAGAUGAGAACGGCUUCCUGCAGGUGAAGUCCCAGGACCAAGGCGUGGUGUCUGUGCAGCCCGACGGCAACUCUUUUGACAUGCUGAGGAACCUGGUCGUUACCAAGCACAGUUAGACCUUCUCCAAACCAGCCCUGCUGUUACACGGUGCUCCCAACGCGCUUUGGCUAGAACUAUAGCAGUACAGCUGCCCUCAUACUCAGUGUAUGCGCUUGCUUUAUAUCCAUAUCAAAUUCAACACUUGUCUCAACUAUGUACUGGCACCUAGGACAGAAAUUCAUAGGAAUUUUUGAUACAUAUUGAGAAGAGUGAGACCUCACAUUAAACAUAAACUAUAAUUCAGUUUUAAUUUUGAUUCCAAGGACAAAAAAAAAAUCAACAGUUUAAUUCAAAGGUGUGGGAGAAGAAGGCAGGCAUUUAUUUUUAAAUGCUCUCGUAUCAGUCUGUGUGGCGUUACCAUCAUGGCAGCUAUUGAUCUUGUGUUUCUCAAACACAUUUUGCAAUAAAUCUGUAAUGAAAACAAAAAACAAAUGAGUUGAAGACUGACUGACUGACUGGCUGACUGACUGAAAUCACAUUGAUAUAAGAUGAAUUCUCUCCACUUAAGCACUUUUCUGUGGUGAACUGUAUCCACAUUAGCGACGUGAGCAUGAGAAUGACCAUGCCAGUACAAACAAGACACCGAGAAGACAUUUGAACAGAAAUUUGACUGGUAAAGUCAAAGAGAGAGUCCAUUGAGUGCACUGUAUUGCUUGACUUGAUAGUCAUCAAUACCGUAUUUAUGUUAUGUUUUGUUUUUUGUUAUAAAAGCUAGACUUGAUACCACUGUCCAUACUGACUGGAAAUUGAUGUUAGAUUCUUCUAAUUGCUUUAAAUGCCUCCAGCUGUCUUCUAAGUUUUUGGUAAACAGGCGCCUUGUAGUUUUUCUUAAUGUAGAUAGGAAAGCCUGAAAAUGUGAGGGAACACAUGAUAUCACUGAAACAUAUUUGCUUUGAAACUUUGUUUUGUUGCAGUGGGCAUUUGAAGUUGCUCUCAAAUGCAGUGGUAUUUGAUAUUAGUGGCAAGGACACCUAUUUUCCAUUGUAACACAGCACUUGAAUAACUUUACUUGUGUAAUACGGGGAUAAUGCAGUUGUUUAAACCGUUUUCUGUUUGUGCUCGAGCCUUACGCAUUGUUUGUCCGUAAAAUUUACAAUGUUUUGUGAAAAAUGGUAUUUUUACGCUCCAUACUCUGGCAUGUUACAAUGUAGGCUUAUCCGUCUUUCAGUAAUCUCCUGUAUGGUGUAUCUUUAUUGUUCGCGAUGUUAGACGUCGGGGUUUAUUUUAAAAUACUUGGCUCUCAAUGAUGCAGAACUCUGGAGUCUAACUAUGGAGUUACGCCCUGUUUUGUAAUGAUCGACAGUUUGUAUGCAGAUAUAAGAUGUA